AUGCCAAGUGCUUUACUUGCAUUAUCUCAGAAUAGGACACACGAUGAAGAUCAAGGAAGACCAGAAGAUCUGUUGUUACAAUUAAAGACAUCAAUAUCAGGCACCAGAGAACAAGAGAGAUCAGGCUGCACAUACACGGAUGAAGAGGGUUUUUCAGAAGAUACAACUUACAUGCCGCAGGAGAAUUUGCCUUAUGAUGGGGCUAUCCCCCAAAUUAAGAUAUGCAAUGAUUACAAUUUUACAAAAAAUGACAUUCUCAAUGUCUCACAUCAAAUUAUUUUAGCAGUAGAUGACCCUCAGGGAAAGGCUACACAUAAUAAGGCCUGCAGAAAUGCGGAUAUGGCCGUGAUUCUAGAUAAAAUUACCGAAAAUGCUGUCAACAAAAAACAUGAUAGGGAGAAACAAUGCACUGUAAUUCUUCAUAUUCCACCUAAUAAAGAAAGCACUUCGAAGUCAAACAUUUCUGAUAUUUUACUCAAUCAUCUUUCCAAAGAGGAAUUCAUAAAAGGCCAAGGUAUUGAUUGUGAAACUCUCCCAGAGAUCUCUAAUGCUGAUGGUUUUGAUGAACCUAUUAUUAAAAAUAUUAUUUUGUGUUAUUUUAAGAAAUCUUGGCCAAAAGAACAAAUCCCAGAACUUGAUGACCAACUCAACCCCAGAAGGGGUGGUGAAGACAGCAGUAAGCCCAGUUUUUCUCCAAUCACAAAAGAAGAAAACAUCUCUGAUUUAGAAGAGCCAGUGGUUGCUGGACACAGCAGCCUUCAAGGGAAUUCAAACUUUCUAACUAAAACCAAGAGUCCAGAUGAUAAACAAAAAAGUUUCCAAGGGCAGUCACCCCAGAAACAACAGACUGAAAAAUCAAGUUCCUGGAGUGGAUUCAAAUAUGGCCAAGGUCAAGUUCAUUAUCAGCUCCCUGAUUUCUCUAAGAUUGCUCCCAAAGUGAAAAUCCCUAAAAAUAAUAUAAUUAAUAAACCACUUACAGUAUCCAGACAAGUCAGAUCUUCUCCUGACUUCAGAGAUGAAUCAGCUCUUGUGCAAGAUCUUUUAGAAACUAUGCCUAGAUCAAAUUGUGUUGAAAAACAACAUCAAGAGCAGAAAAAGGAAACUGUUGAAACUUCACGAGAAAUACAGAUGGAACCUACAGCACAUAUCCACCAAGAACUUCUUACAGGAAUAGAAUCCAAGACAAGUCUCUUUAAAUUGUCAUCAACUUCUCAGGAAGACUCUUCCUCCAGUUCUUACAUAUUUCAAAAUAUAUCAAAAGGGAAAAAGAUGUGUCAGAAGUUAAAAGAACAGACCGAUCAACUGAAGGCUAAAGUUCAAGAUUUUUCCAAAAGAAUAACCCAGGACUCUCCCUAUUUGCAAAGAAGACUGGUCCUGGGAAAACUGCAAGGACAUCUUGAACUGCUGGAGCAGGAGUUUCUGGCCACCAAGGAGAAGCAUCUGACUUUGCAGCAAGGCCACAAGCACAAAUCCCCAGCUGUCGAUGACUUUGAUCCAGAAAGGAAAGUGGAAGGUGAAAUCUUUAAGUUGGAGCUGCUACUUGAAGAUGUUAAAGAGAAAGUUGAUGAACACAAAUAUACUUCACCUCCCUCUCUUCCCGUGAGUUCUCCAAUCAUCCUGGAUGACUUGGUAUCCGUAUCUUCUCUACCCUCAAAUGAGAUUCCCAAGGAGCUCCCUGGUCACCCUUCUGAGCCUCCAGGCACACGCGGAAGCAAGGGGACAGGGGUGACCCGGGCAGGACCGCAGGAGGCUCUCUCCGAGGAGCUCUGUGAGCUGGACCCGCAGACUUACCUAAACUGGCCAAGCGGCGCUGCGGCUGCCGAGGACCUGCCGGAUCAAAUGUCCAUAAGGCUGUCUUCUGUCUCCAGGGAGGACCCCAACAACACUGUGGGAGGGCAGAAACAUGCAGAGACAACGGCGCCAAGUCCAGGCUGUGCCUUCUGCCACUGGGCCCUUGAACGGAAGCAAAAAAUGGAGAAAAGAGGCCACAGAAGGAUCAGCUGUGGAAGAUUUUCAAUCGUCAUUCAAGAAAACCCACUGCACCUGUGUUCAGCUUGCAGUUCUGAUGCAGGCGACAGCUUCUAUUCUGAUUCCGGCAUGGGGCUGCAGAGCAACAAAUGUGAAAAUUGCGGCGCUAAGAUUUCUAACUCCCCAGGAGUCAGCGGUAAAGAGCUGCCUAAAGAAUUUCAUUAUAGACACAACACCCCAGGACAGAAUUACUUAAGUUAUAGUGAAAGAGGAUUUGUUCAGCUCCACUCUUUAGAUGAAAAGAAAAACUCUUCACCUUCUUAUUCAAAACGAAAAAGGAUAUGUUCCCAGACAGCAAAUUUGAAAUUCCCUCAAGACAAACAUGAACCCAUGCCAGAAAAAAAAGACCUCACAGCUUUCAUGACCCGCAGCUCAGACCUCACUACACCCUCACCCCAUUCCCGCUCCCGCAGGAUUUAUGGAAGCAAAUCCUUAUGCGACUUUAGGAGUAUUGACAAAACGGAAUUUGAGGUUUUAAACUCAGCCUUGGAUCACGCUCUGAGGACAGCAACCGUUUUGAAAGAAACUACUGAUCAAAUGAUUAAAGCAAUUGCAGAAGACCUUGCCGAAGCACGGAGACGGAGGAAUCAACUGAAAUAUUAGUUGUUCAAUCCCAGGCAACCAAGGAUUAGAACGAAAUAAAAUGCAAAGACAACC